AUGUCAGAACCCCUCGAUGUCCCCAGAUCCAAAUCUGAACCGGCCAUCGACGACCAGUCCACAUUGCAUCUGGGUACAUCCCUUGAAAGCAACGACAGCAUGGAUCCUCCAACACCUGCGCUGACCCCAGGUUAUGCCUCCUCUUCACCUAGCAGCCCAAUGCUACUAUCCCGAAAUAGCUCGUACGUGGGCAGUCAGUCGCUCCAGGAGGACUGGGAGACACCGCUGGAUAGACUCACCUUCUUCGAUAUAUUCGACAACCUCGCCCUUCCUUCCAGACUCGAGAAGCUUCAGGCCACGCUUACGGAACAACGGGAUAAACUUAAGACCAGAAGAGAGCGAAUGGCAGCUGAAGCCAGGAACAAGGCUGUUUCCGAAUGGCGCAAGAGGGUUCCAUCUUCGGAAGAACAGCUGGCCAGAUAUCGCAGUCGUCUCAAGAAAUCGGUCGAUGGCCUGAACAAGAGAUGGUCCGAGACAGUCACGAUCUCGAUCAAAGAGAAGAUAUCCUUUAUUUCGGCUGUGCUUAACGUCUUCAUUUCGGGCUACCUCAUCGGUGCCACACCGGACUACUUCUAUUACUGGUUCACAGUGCAACUCUGCUAUUUCAUGCCCGUUCGACUCAUUACAUAUCACCGCAAGGGGUACCACUACUUCUUGGCCGACUUGUGCUACUUCGUUAAUGCGCUAUGUCUGCUCACGAUAUGGGCUUUUCCGCAAUCGAAACGACUGUUCAUUGCUACCUACUGUCUGGCCUAUGGCAACAACGCAGUAGCCAUUGUCAUGUGGCGCAACUCGCUUGUUUUUCACUCCAUGGAUAAGGUGGUUUCGCUGUUCAUCCACGUCAUGCCGCCGGUCACCCUGCAUUGCAUAGUGCAUCUGACAGGCAGAGAAGAGCUCAAGGAGCGCUUCCCGGGGGCAUAUGCGAUCAAAUACUCCACACCUGAGUCCCCAGUACAUUACUCACUUCUGUCGAUGCUCUUCUUCUCCUCAGUCUUUUACGCAGCAUGGCAAUUCACCUACCACUUCUUCAUCAGCAUCCGGCGGGCGGAGAAGAUCGCCGCUGGCCGACCAACCUCUUUCACCUGGCUACGAAAGUCGUAUUCGAGAACAUGGAUCGGAAAAUUUGUGCUGGCGCGUAGCGAGGCGCUACAAGAGCCCACCUUCAUGUUGAUCCAGUAUCUUUACGCCCUUCUUACGAUAUUGCCGUGUCCGAUCUGGUUCUGGUAUCGAUGGGCAUCGGCCGCGUUUCUCAUCAUAGUCUUCACAUGGAGUAUUUGGAAUGGAGCGACUUACUAUAUGGAUGUGUUUGGAAAGCGUUUCCAGAAGGAGUUGGAACAGAUGAAGCGAGACGUCACCAAGUGGCAGGAUGCCAAUGGCAUGCUCAGCCCGCCAUCCCAAGCUAUGGACAGCACCGAAGAGGCAGCAAGGAAGAAGCGCGAGAGCUUGGACAAGAUUCCAUUGUUGGAUGAGACGGGUGAGCCUAAGUCUGCCGACGUCAAGGCUGCAGCGCAGGCUAGCACUCUACGAGCCUCCGGUGCUGACGUCGCGGUCAAUACGAGCGCUACGGAAAGAAAGACGCCUAGUAGCCUACUAGGUAUGCCAGCUUCAACUGAUGAUUGA